AUGGCAGAGGUUAGUUUUUCCACAAUCCCUUUCUUUGCCCCUGGAUUUCGUGCCACAUGCGUGAAUGCAUCUCGCUCCACAGGCGCUGCGGUUACAAGUCUUCUGCUGGAUGAGAGGACAUUCAAGAUACCUUCUGCUAACUGGAAAUAUUUACAACCCUCGACAGAACUGGACAGGAAAGCGAAAUGCAUCGUUCAAAUGAAAGGCACGCAAACCGUGCUUAUACCCCCACCUGGAGCAGAAGAAAAAUCACGGAAAGGUGGGAAACAAGGUGGUGGCAGCGUCGAUGGUCCGAAAGUAUUCGCGUUCGACAAGUCUUACUGGUCCUUUAAUCGCAAUGAUCCCCAUUUCGCUGGCCAGGAUGACCUCUUCAAUGAUCUGGGCGCACCGUUGCUGGACAAUGCGUUUCAGGGAUAUAAUAACUGUAUUUUUGCCUACGGACAGACUGGAUCGGGUAAAUCGUAUUCCAUGAUGGGAUAUGGCGAGGAAGCCGGUGUGAUCCCCAAGAUUUGCAAGGAUAUGUUCAACCGAAUCUCUGAAAUGCAAUCCUCCGACAAGAGUCUAACUUGUACUGUGGAGGUGUCAUAUCUCGAGAUUUACAAUGAAAGGGUCAGGGAUUUACUCAAUCCUGCAACCAAGGGAAACCUCAAAGUUCGAGAGCAUCCUUCAACUGGUCCCUAUGUUGAGGACUUGGCGAAAUUGGUUGUGCGCUCUUUCCAAGAAAUUGAACACCUGAUGGACGAAGGCAAUAAGGCUCGAACCGUCGCAGCAACGAACAUGAACGAAACGUCAAGUCGAUCACACGCGGUGUUCACCCUUACAGUCAGCCAAAAGCGCCAUGAUACGGAGACCACCAUGGAUACGGAAAAAGUUUCCCGCAUCAGUUUGGUUGACUUGGCGGGUUCAGAGAGAGCUACUUCGACUGGCGCAACCGGCGUACGUCUUAAAGAGGGUGCUGAGAUCAAUCGUUCUCUCUCUACUCUUGGUCGUGUUAUUGCGGCAUUGGCAGAUUUAUCCUCCGGAAAAAAGAAAAAUGCUUCCAUGGUCCCAUACCGUGAUUCCGUUUUGACUUGGCUUCUUAAAGAUUCUUUGGGUGGUAACUCGAUGACUGCUAUGAUUGCGGCUAUAUCGCCAGCCGACAUAAACUACGAUGAGACGCUAAGUACACUGCGCUAUGCGGAUUCCGCCAAGAGAAUCAAGAACCAUGCCGUCGUUAACGAGGAUCCCAAUGCAAGAAUGAUUCGUGAACUCAAGGAAGAGCUUGCACAGCUCAGGAGCAAGCUUGGUGGAGGGGCGAUUUCCGGAGGCUCUGGUGGCACUGCUGGCGGUGCUCUUGUUGGAGAAAUCUACCCACCUGGCACUCCGCUAGAACUACAAAUGGUGUCUAUAGCCCAAGCUGAUGGGACAAUUAAAAAGGUUAGCAAAGCAGAAAUUGUUGAACAACUGAAUCAAAGCGAAAAGCUUUACAAGGAUCUCAAUCAAACCUGGGAAGAAAAGUUGCAGAAAACCGAAGAAAUCCACAAAGAACGUGAAGCAGCUUUGGAGGAAUUGGGCAUUAGUAUUGAGAAGGGGUUUGUCGGACUCAGCACUCCCAAAAAGAUACCUCAUCUUGUUAACCUCAGCGAUGAUCCUCUCCUUACCGAAUGCUUGGUAUACAACAUUAAGCCUGGGACAACUACUGUCGGGAACGUCAAUACUGCUGCAACAUCGGAAAUUCGACUGAAUGGCUCUAAAAUACUUCAUCAACAUUGUAGCUUCGAGAAUGUCGAUAAUGUAGUCACUAUCGUUCCUAACGAGGGAGCUGCGGUAAUGGUCAACGGUUUGCGAAUAGAUAAACCCAAAAGAUUACGAAGUGGUUUUCGAAUCAUUCUAGGUGACUUCCAUAUAUUCCGGUUUAAUCAUCCACAAGAAGCUCGCGCCGAAAGAGUGGAGCAGAGCCUCCUCCGCCACUCUGUCACCACCAGCCAGCUUGGGUCUCCUGCUCCGACAAGGUCAGGACAUGACAGAUCGAUGAGCAAAACUGGGUCAGAAGUUGAUGGUGAUUCUAGCAGGGCUGAGUCCCCCUUAUCAUCACAACGAGGUCGAGAUUCCGAUUGGUUCUAUGCUCGAAGGGAAGCUGCAAGUGCUAUUUUGGGACCCGAUCAGAAAAUUUCACAUCUUACCGAUGAUGAACUUGAUGCAUUGUUUGACGAUGUGCAGAAGGCCCGAGCAGUGAGGCGCGGACGUCCAGAAAGCAAACUUAUCGACGGUGAAGAUGAUUCGGAUUCGCUUAGCUCAUAUCUUGUGCGGGAAAAGUACAUGUCAAAUGGAACUAUAGACAAUUUCUCUUUGGAUACGGCUCUUACCAUGCCGGGGACGCCACGGCAAGCUGAGGACGACGACGGAGAGACAGACAAUUCCGCGCUUCAAUUGGUUCGUGAUGACCUGCAACGGCAGCUUGAAAAGCAAAAGGAUGAGUGUAAAGGAAAGCCUAAAGGAGUUGAGACGGCAUCACUGUCUGUGGAAGAGUUACUUGCAGAAAAAUCGCGCAUGGAAGAUGCUCUCAAGGCCGUGAAGGAAGAGUUCCAGCAACAGUUGCAAAAACAAAAAGAGGAGUUUGAAAUACAGAUAAAGGAGAGGACAUUUUCAGCUCCACAAAGGAUGUUUGAGAACGGAUUCACUCAGCUCGACCCAGAAGAGAUUCCAAUAGCUAAGUCGGUUGUUCUGCAUUGGCGACAGCGGAAUUAUGUGCGCAUGGCAGAAUCUGUUCUUCAAUACGCCUCACUACUCAAGGAAGCACAGGUCAUGAGUCAGAUAAUGGACAAACAGGUUGUUUUCCAAUUUGUCAUCGUCGAUGUCGGGCACAACAUGGCGUCAUCUUACGAUCUGGUGCUGAAUGGCAUUUCCAGUGAUGACGACGUCGCCUUAGAGGACGCACGGAAACCAUGUGUUGGAGUUAGGGUAGUUGAUUUCAAGCACAGCGUCAUAUAUAUCUGGUCGAUUGACAAGCUCCAGCGGCGUGUUCAAUCAAUGCAACAGAUGCAUCAAUAUAUCGAUCGACCUGAUUACAUCCAACACUUUAAGCUCGAAAAUCCAUUCUCCGAGACUUGCACCCCUCAAUAUUCGCUAGUAGGUGAUGCUGAUGUUCCGUUAGCUGCUGUGUUUGAGUCGAGGGUGCAAGAUUUCUGCGUUGAAGCCAUCUCGCCGUAUACCCAGAGUGUUGUUGGGAUUAUUAAACUAUCUUUGGAGCCAUCUUCCGCACAAGCACCUUCAUCAACUCUCAAGUUCAACGUGGUCAUGCGGGAUAUGAUAGGGUUUGCGGAACGCGAAGGAACUGAUGUACAUGCUCAGCUCUUUGUCCCCGGUGUUUCGGAUGAAGGCGGUGCCACAACGACACAGAUGAUUCGUGGUUUUGAUGAAAACUCGAUUAGGUUCGAGAGCGUUCAUAGUAUGAGCCUUCCUCUCAAUAGCCCAAGAAGUUCAACUUUGAAAGUGAGCAUUUAUGCGUCGGUUACGACGAUGCAUCUUGACAAGCUGCUCAGUUGGGAUGAAAUGCGCGACUCGCCCGAAGCACCGCCCCAGAAAAGGAAGACGCCACGGAUUCCCGAGUCGGAAUUCUAUCAGGAAGAGCGCCAUGAUGUAUUUGUCCGAGUGCAAAUCCUGGAACUGUCUGAGAAUGGGGAAUACCUCCCCGUUGAGGUUGUGCAGAGCAAUAGUCUCGACGCCGGCACUUAUCAACUUCAUCAAGGAUUACAGAGACGCAUUGUAGUCAGUCUGACCCAUAGCUCAACUGAGAACCUGCCGUGGGAAGAUAUCACUGCUUUGAGAGUUGGUACCGUUCGGCUUCUUGAUCCAUGGGGAAAAAUUCCGGAUGUGGACCUAAAAUCUGCGGAUGUCCUUCUACAAUUGAUACAAGAACCAAUGGUAACUGACAACGCUGACGGGACGUCCAACGUAACCCUUGUUGGACAGUGGGACUCCAGCCUUCAUGGGUCAUUAUUGCUUGACCGAACGACUGCGGACAGAUACAAAGUCCAAAUAUCCCUUCGCUGGAACUUGAUUUCACCCCGUCUUCAGGAUCCUAUUAUAUUUGAACUCGAUCAAACGCUACAAAUACUAGGUCGAACUUAUAUACGGCCACAAUCAAUGUUCAAACAAUUUUGGAACUCGUUCCGUAUUGUCCACUCCACAGUGGGAAUAUUUUCCCUUGCAGUUCGGCCCAUAUCAGCGAAGCGAGCAGCAGACCUCUGGCGCAUGAAUACCCAAAAUGACUAUGUCAAAGGUGAAGAGUUAUUAACCACCUGGGCUCCACGGAAGGUAUCGCUAAUUCGAGACUUCGUUGGCGCUCGAAAACGGCGGCAGCGACUUGCCGAAAUCGACGCUGCCCGUGGAGCACACAGUACACGCACCUUAACCCCUUUGCCGACCAAUGGGCGAUCUACACCGCUCCAAGGCCAGGACAGUAGUGAGCGACGGGACAUGCUGCUUCGGAAGUAUCUCGACCUAUGGUCGACCAAAAGGGACCUGACCGAAAUAAUUCUCUUCAAAGACCAUACCGAACAGCCUCUCCGUGGGGCCGGCUUUACAAGAAAUCCCUCCUCUAUCACCAGCCCAUCCACAACAAGCGCCUCCCCAGCCUGCGAAAGCGGUGAUUGCUCCCCUAUCACUUCCGAACAGGGACAGCAGCAACAGCAACUACAGCAGCCGCCGUCGAAGCCUCGUUUCAUUGCCACAAUCCAACACAUCCCCAAAAACCCCACCGUUCUCAAAUCCGGUUACCUCUAUACCCCGGAUGACACAAACCGCCACUGGGUGCGGCGUUUUGUCGAACUCAGCCUCCCAUACCUCCACAUUUAUUCUGUCCCGGACGGAGAUGGAAUCAAUGCUAUCAAUCUGCGCAAUUCGCGCGUCGACCAUGAACCUGACUUUGCUCGGCUCUUGGAUGAUGGUGGCGGAUCUAGGGCUGGGAACGGCUUGUCAAUGAGGGGUCGACCGUAUGUGUUUGCCGUCUAUGGGACGCAGAACACAUUCCUGUUCGCAGCAAGGACGGAGGCACUGAAAGUUGAGUGGAUUUUGAAAAUUGAUCAGGGGUAUUUUAGUACCCCGGCUAAUGGCAACGGGAGUGGCAGUGGUAGUAGAUGA